AUGCCACUCCACUAUACCGGUACAAACCCGUCUCGUGAUGCAGUCUCUUCGCAGAGGCUUCCAAAUGAGAUUUUUUAUCUUAUUGCAAGAGACUUUGCCAGACUACAGGAAAUCUCUCGACUAAGUCAGAUGUGCCGCCAGCUGGCAGAGCUACUUAAGGGGCUUCUCUAUCGGCGUAAUGUAUUAGAUGUCAAGGCUGCCCAAGAAGCUGCUACUGCCGAAAAUCGAGAUUCAAGCCGUCACAAACUUCCGAUCUUCGAAAGCAUCAAAGACUUCCAGAUGCAUGCAAGAAGAUCGCGUAUCAAUCCUUCUCAAUUUUCGGUUCUGCACUGGGCUGCAUUUCAUGGGUCCGUUGAAGUUGCAAGAGCUACUAUUAGAACAUCAUUAAGAUUAUUUCCCGAGUAUUUGAAUGUGAAGGAUACACAUGACCGAACGCCGCUAUCUUACGCCGCAGCCGGUGGACAUGUCGAAGUUAUGCAAGAACUUAUGGAUGCGGGAUGUCUCGUGAACGCAGGGAUCCGGGGCAGAUUUAUAUGUCCUAACUCUCACUCGUCGACGUACUAUCACGCUGCAUUUACCCCUUUAACUAUAGCAAUUCUUUCACACCAAGAAGCUGCUGCUACUAUUCUGGCCCGGCGCACCCUUUAUCAAGACGAGCUUUACACUCGGCCGGGCCUAGGUGUCUAUGGGCCACUCCAUCUAGCAGCAUGGGCAGGCAUGCCUCGUAUUGUUGAGAUAUUAUUGUCUAAUGGAUAUAAAGCAUGGGGACUUAUGCCCGCUUUUGUGGGCCGCUCAUCUUUACACUAUGCUGUUGCGACAGAGGAUAAUACAGAGACGAUAGAUAUCUUGCUUGGCCAAGACGUCUCUAUGAAUUUCACAGGUCUUUGGCAGACUCAUACACCCCUUGAGUGUGCUACAUACAAUAAGUGCUUCCGCAAUGCAUUGCAUCUCAUUAAAAAACAUCUACCCUCGGGAGAAUAUGGUAUAUGGGCGGACAACGCAUUGGUCAUGGCGGCUGGCUAUGAUGAUGGGUUUGCUGUCACGGAAGCUUUGGCAAAAAUCCUUAACGCACAGGGCGAAUUUGAAGGGAUCGAGCGUGCUUUCUUCGUAUCAUCUAAGGACACGUCCCAAGCCCCUAAAACCAAUAAGUUCCUUGCUCAAUUAUUAGCUGUAGGGCUAGAUAAGACUUACCUUGACGACGGAGAAGGAUACCUUCAUUGGGCUUGCCAGCAACCUUACGUCAACAUCACAGCUUUGAAGCUUAUGCUUGAAAACAAGCAUUAUCCACUUGACCUUAACGCGAAGGAUGAUUGUGGUUAUACACCUCUUGAUCAUGCAGAGGAAUGGGGACAUGAUGAUGUUGCCUUUCUUCUCCGAGAGGUGUAUUUUGCGAAAAGAGGUGACGAAGUAUAAGCAUGAAUACGUGGGCGUAGAUGUGAUUGCGUUUUCUUCUAGGGAGGUAAAUGAUUUUUUUAAAAAAAGAUUUGACUUUCUGUUUUCCUAGUAAUGACCUAUACAUUAUUUAAAUUCAUCUUAGAAAUGGAUAUGAUAUCAUGUUAGUUAUCUCAGACCUUAUUUAGGCCCCUUACAGGGACCCCGCAGUCUUCCAGCACACAUUAUUCAGGCUGUUCACAUUAUUCUCAGGCUGUUGCUG